CUAGUCCUGGAUCUAGCGAUUAAUUGACCGGCUUCAAUUGAUUUGCCUAGGGGGACAGCAGUCCCCACUCCCCCGCCCAAAAAUUACCCACCCACUCAGUACUCUGUAUAUUUCCUCCACAAAAACUCUUUUGAAUCGUUUGAAACCAUGAACUCAAACUCUCCUUCCAUGGCUAACAACAACUCAACGCCUACCGACUCUUCUGGCAAAAAGGUUCGCAAACCUUACACCAUAACUAAGUCUAGAGAAAGCUGGACUGAAGAAGAACACGACAAGUUCCUUGAAGCUCUUCAACUGUUUGACCGUGAUUGGAAGAAAAUUGAGGAUUUUGUAGGUUCAAAGACAGUAAUUCAGAUUCGCAGUCAUGCUCAAAAGUACUUCUUGAAGGUCCAGAAGAAUGGUACAACAGCACACGUGCCACCACCUCGGCCCAAGCGUAAAGCAGCUCAUCCUUAUCCGCAGAAGGCACCAAAAAAUGUUUUAGUACCAUUACAAGCCUCUAUGGGUUACCCUUCUUCAAUGAAUUCCCUUCCACCUGGAUAUCCAUCAUGGGAUGACACUUCUGUACUCUUAAAUUCUCCAUCUGGCGGAGCAAUGCCAUCACAAGAUGAAUACCAUCUUCAAAGAAUUCAGGCUGAUAUUGGAUCAAAGGGAGCUACAUUGAUUAGUGACAGCAGCAUCAGUGGCAUUAGAAGUUCCAGCAGAACGGCUCCCAGUUCUGAACUACCGGAGCAGAGCAAACUAGGUUCUGUUCCUCAUGGCAUACCUGACUUUGCAGAAGUCUAUAGCUUUAUUGGGAGUGUCUUUGACCCAGACACUAAAGGUCAUGUACAGAAGCUGAAGGAGAUGGACCCUAUUAAUUUUGAAACUGUUUUGUUAUUGAUGCGGAAUCUUACAAUGAACUUGUCUAACCCUGACUUUGAGCCCAUUAAAAAUGUAUUGUCAACAUAUGAUCUCAGUACAAAGGUUGUGGGUCUUCCUGCUGGUGGUGCUGUCAAGAACCACACUGAUCUAUCGUGUCAGACAAUAUGAUAGAAACUAUAAUUGUUACAUAUAUCUAUCAGCUAGACUUUCUCCAACAACGGCGAGUCUUUGCGCUCUUGAUUUGUCAGAGCUGGAAAACAAUGUUCAUCCCCAGAAAGUCUCAGAGUCGUGGCAUGGAUAAGAUUUAAGAGCAUCUUCCUCUGCUUUCUCCUUGAUGCUCAGUGGUUGCGGAGAAUGUUCCUGUUAGAAGUUGAGCUUCUCCUAGUGAGAAGCGUGCCCAAGUCUUGAUAGCAUGUGUUUUUUCCCUUGAGAUGUAUAUUCCCUCAAUUUUGUGCAGCUUAAUAUUUGGAGGUGUUGUAAAACUUGUAGAUUUUAGAGCAAUAAUAAUGAGGAAAAAGUUCUUGUACCUCAUUGCCUGUUGAAGUAUGCAUUUAGGACAUACACUCAGGCCUUGUUUUAGUUGUAAUCUUGUUGCAGAUUAAAGUUAAAUAGCGGUUCGUCCUAGUCUGUUUAAACUGCUAGUAAUACUUAAUAUACUUGCUUUGUGUCCAUCAGAUUCUCUGUGGACGUUGUGCAGCAAGAAUAAUUGAUG